UUCCGCUGCGAGCAUCAUUCCGGGAAAGAUCUGCGCACUUGGCGGGCAAUGCCCCAUCCUGGCCGUCGGAUCUAUCACGAAAGAUGUCGCUGAUUGCUUGGCUGUUCUAGGAGUAGAGGCUAGAAUCGACUUGAGAAAUUGCUCUCUUGCGCUUCUUGGGGCGAUCUGAUCCCGACGAUCCCUCGCCGGAGAUCUUGUAUCCAUCGCGCCACGAUCGAUGGUUCUAGGAGUGCUCGAUUCAUGGAGCUUAGAGCAGGAAGCUCGCAGUCAGGGGGCUAGGGUUUUUCUGUUUUUUGCGGCUUGACGGCUGGAGGCGCGAGGCUUCCAGCGGAUCCAGGAGAGUGAUCAGAUUCGAUUUUGGGUCUACCAGAGCUGCCUCGCAAGGUAUCAUCGAUCCCACACCUGCAUUCACUGGAAAUUUCGGUCGAUUGCAGGCAUGAAUCAUUGUGUUCCCGACUGCGAUGAAUUUCCAACAGAAAAAUCUCAGGAAUCGCCAGCAGCAAAGAACAAUCCAAAGUUCUGCGAGAACGACUUCUCCGAGUUGAUAUGGACGAGCGAUGGGAGCUUGGGCGUGAUGCAAGUCGGCGGAAACAAGAAUUCGCAGUGGGUCUCUUCAGGAAUCUGGGGUAACAAUAGGCACGGCAAUGAGGAUCGAUUGGCACCCUCGAGUAGCAAGCCAUCCAGCGACAACAGGAUAAAAGAUGGAACUUUGGAUGCUGUGGUGAUCAGCGCGGUCGGGACAGAGACCGUGGCUGCUACUACUGCUGCUGCUGCUGCUUACGAAGAGGAUGAAUUGAUCUCCUGGUUGCAGUAUCCGGACGACAAUCUGGAUAAGAACAAUUGCUCAGACAUCUUCAGCACUCAGGCUUUGCAUGAUCAGUCCUCCCAGGUGGCUCCCCGUGAUUCGCAACAACAGGCUUCUAGCGGAGCUCCGACGAUGGCUAGAACAGGGUCGAGGGACUCAGCUACAGAUGGUGUUGUGAUUCAUCCGGCAGGGGCGUCACAGUGGGCCGAUCCGGCGAAAAAGCCUCGUCAUCUUGCCAUGCUGCCACCCAAGGCUCACAAAGUCAACUCGUCGCUCAACUUCUCACACUUUUCUCGACCGGCCGUGAUCGCGAAGGCGAGUUUGCACACGCUUGGGAAGUGUAGUACGAGCAUCACGAACCAUUUGCAGAUGCAGUUUAAGAAGAACGAUGCUGCGGUAGCAGUGGCACCGGCGGCUGCGUCCAACGGUGUUGUCGAAGGAUCGAUUGGCUCGGCUCCCACGCAGAGAAGCGCAGUUGCUCAAGAACAGAGCUCGGAGGCGCAGCAGAGCGUGAGCCAGUCGAGCUUGCCAUCGCUGAUAAGUUGCACGUCGAGGAAAGAGGCGGCAGGGACAAGGGGGAAGGAUUCUCAGCCGAGCUCCAGUGCGACUGCUGCUGAUGGGAACGAGCAGACGCUAACUUCGUCCUCAGGUGGAUCCGGUCACAGCGCGGACGGAGCCAAGGGAAGCAAUGCCAAAGGAAAGAGGAAGGUGAAGAGUGUGGACGAGUCUGCGGACUGCCAAAGCGAAGACGUGGAAGGAGAAUCGGUUGAUGUGAAGAAAGCCCCGCCCGCGCGGACGAGUUCCAAGCGAAGCAGGGCAGCCGAGGUGCACAAUCUUUCCGAGCGGAGAAGGCGCGACCGGAUAAACGAGAAGAUGAAAGCUUUGCAAGAACUUAUACCAAACUCCAACAAGACGGACAAGGCAUCAAUGCUGGACGAAGCGAUCGAGUAUCUCAAGAUGCUCCAGCUCCAACUCCAGAUGAUGGCUAUGAGGACCGGCUUGAGCUUACCACCAAUGAUAAUCCCGGCGGGGAUGCAGCACUUGCAAAUGCCGCAGAUGCCAACGCUGGGGAUGGGAAUGGGUAUGGGGAUGGGAGUGAUGGGAAUGGGAGUAAUGGACUCCGUCGGGCGACCCUUAACCAGCGGCCCCAUGCCACUAAACAUGACAAUGGACAUGUACCAUGCGUGUAUGUUACAGCAGCAGAUGCAGCUGCAGCUACGGCAGCAGAUUCAGCAGCAGCAGCAACAACAACACAUUCAACAGCAGCAGCAGCAACAAAUUCAGCAGCAGCAGCAGCAGCAGCAACAACAGCAACAACAGCAACAGCAGCAACAACAGCAGCAGCAGCAGCAGCAGCAGCAGCAGAAAACGGGUGGAGUUGUUGUUAUGCAAUAGAAAGAGGUUUACGAGUAUAGAGUGGGUAUUCGGCGAGAGACUAACACUUGUAAAAUGGGAGAGAAGUGGAGGCUUUACGUAGUACGAGCGAAUGGUAAAGUGGUAAGUUAGGAGGCUUUACGUCUAGCUAGCGAGACCUGUGUAAAACAAAGCGGGCUUGUACAACACAGGAGGUUCGAAGUCGAACCUGGUAAUUGGAACCUCGUCUCAAAGUUUUGUCUAA